AUGGCCUCUGCUUCUGCAGUCGCCGCCGAGCCAGUUUUUCUUCGUCCACGCAAUUUUCAGUGGUAUUGGAACUCAUCGGCUAAUCCCUGGUCUUCAACUAACAGUGAGGAGGACUGGCAAAAGUAUACGGACGUGGAAAAUGAGAUCAUUGAAGAUGCGCUCAGCGAUAAAAGAGAGGAGGCAGAACUCGAUGGUGACUACUUCGUUAAUCUCAAGAAUCUAAUGCAAUAUUACAAGGCUGACAAGAACAGACAACGUCCAAUUAAACGUGUGCAGCUUGCAACGGAUCGUACUGACGUUCAUUUGAGGGAAGAAAGAUUUGCAUUUCCUGUCAUCUUGGCUACUAAUACAGAUGAUGCCUCGACGACGACGACAAGUGAUACUGAAGAUGACGAAAAGGAUCCCCUUUACGAGCUAAAGACAGGAUAUCGUCGCCUCUCUCUUACUUACAAAGACCUAGAACUGGAAGACAACAAUGACAAAUCUCUUGCCGAUAUUGUCGAAGAGGCUGCUGCUGGAAUUCUCAACGAAGGCGCAAAACUUAGUAAACUAAAUGAGGCACAGUGGCUAGCUCAGCAGUUACGUCUCGUUAAACAGUUUGGUGAAGACAAAAAAGCGGCUAUAUAUAUUAACUUCAUUCCAGAUCCAAUCGGCGUAACGUGUAUUUAUCUGUACACAAAAGAAUCUUUUUGGUAUAAACUGCUAAACGCUGUUCUUCGUAAUCAUCAAACGGCGACACUUGAGCAAGUAAAGACCCUGGGACCAUUCUGCCUAUUACUUGAUUUGUAUAUGGAGCAGAAUAGACACGAAGCUAAAUUUACCGUUUAUCGAGGUCUCACGCUCACUGAUGCAGAACGGGAAGAGAUUAUGAAACAAUACCCUGCCUUUAUCAAAUUCAUGUCAUUCACAUCGACCAGCAGAAACCAAAAAAAAGCUGAGCGGUUUGGUAACACCCUGUUGGUAUUCGAUUUGGAUGUGAAAGAUUCUUAUUUUGCGAAUAGAAACGUUAGAUGUGGCAUAGAUGUAUCAUCUAUCUCUGCUUUUCCCAAUGAAGAAGAGUUUACCAUUGGUCCCGGCCGCUGCUUUCAUUUUGUUCGGUAUGAAUAUCACAGUGAGACAAAUAGACAUAUUAUUUAUCUUAAAUCACCAGCAUGGGAUUGA